AUGAAGCAUGUGCGAGAUGAUACAGAGUUAAGUGACGGGCUUGGCAUAGAAGAAGUUCUAUCCAGCAUGUUCUAUGCACUACCAAAGAAUAAGGAUCUUGAAGUGGUGUGCGGAGCUUUAAUACCAAAAAAGCGGUCAGACAAUAAGAAGGAUGUAUUUGGCAAAGUUAAACUAGUGUAUAGCUUUAAUGGUGCAAAACAAAAUUUUGAUAAAUCCAGAUUCUGGGCAUACUAA